UCUGAUGGGAAAGAUCUGGAAAAGCUGCUGACAGAGUGGCCAGACACAAUACCAGUGUCUUUGGCUCUGGGGACAAUUGGCAUGCCAGGCCUGACUGCCUACUUUGGUCUACUUGAAAUCUGUGGUGUGAAGGGUGGAGAAACAGUGAUGGUUAAUGCAGCAGCUGGAGCUGUGGGCUCUGUUGUGGGGCAGAUUGCAAAGCUCAAAGGCUGCAAAGUUGUUGCAGCAGCAGGGUCUGAUAAAAAGGUUGCCUACCUUCAAAAGCUUGGAUUUGAUGUUGUCUUUAACUACAAGACAGUAGAGUCUUUGGAAGAAACCUUGAAGAAAGCCUCUCCU